AUAAUAUUUUAAUAUUAUAUUUAUAAUAAAAGUAAUGAUAGGCCUUUUGACAAAAGUGCAAUAAUAUUUCUAACAAAAAAAAAAUCGUUCCCGCAAACACCAUUGCCUUUCGGCUAAUUUGUCCCGUUGUGCGGCUGUACAGUCAAAAAGUCUGAAAACCCACUCCCCCACAUGCUCUGCACUCCACUCUCCUCCACUCUGUCGAUCAUCCAAAAUCGUACCAGCUGGAUCCCUGUCCCUGUAAUUUCUGCUUUAAUGUGGGUUAUUUCUGUCAAUAACCUCAUCCGCUUCUCCACAUCACGGACGCGGCGAUCCCUUAUCCAAGACUCACCAAACCCAAUAUUCCUAAUAUUCCUUCUCCUAGCUGGCGAUUUCAUCACGUGAAUUCCUAAAUUUACCCCUGUCAGCUAUCUUUUUGACCCUCCUCGGAUCCCACUCCUCUUUUAAUCCUCCCUUCUUCCUCUUCUUCUACCUCACAAACCCUAUAUUUCAUUCCCUGUCCAUAUUCUCUCCUAAACGCGGCGUUUUAGACCAUCAUGAGCAGGUUCAGUCGAAUCGAGUUCUUCGAGCCCUAUCCAAGUAUUUCCCGCUGGGAAACCUCCAUUUUCGCCCCUAAACCCUUGUUCUUUGCUGAAGAUGAUGACGACCUUUUCUACGGUCUCGAUCUCUUCAAACCUGGCCCCGACCCCUAUGAACUCUUUGACACCGUCACUGAUCUGAUUCAGAUCAAGAAAACGACGCCUUUCUGCUCCUCCUACAAGAGGAUUCACCGCCGAGUCGGGAGUGAACUCUACUUGCAGAGCCUCACUGACCGCGUCUCUGCGCUGGAGCUCAGCUUCGAUCGCCUCCUAAAAGCCCGAACUUGUGGAGGAGAUCGCAAGUACACCUGGACGGCGGAGAUCAACAGUCCGGCGAAGAACGGUUUUGAUAGGAAGUACAAAUGGAUGGCGGAGAUCAAAGAAGGGAAAGCUAAAAAGAAAAGAGAGGAGAAGGUAGUGGAAAAGAACUACAAAUGGACGGCUGAGAUUAAGGGGAAAGGAGAUGAGGCUCCGAUCCUGCGGACGUACACGUGGAAAGUAUCGAGUGGCGCGGCAGGGGAGUGCAGUGGAGUUGUGAAAGAGAAGAAAAAGGAGAAAUGUAAGAAAGAGCUGGGAAGGACGCGUGUGGUGGAGAUUGAAGAGGCUGCUGAUAAUGGGGCUGUGGUUUUAAGACAGGCCUUUGCCAAGAGAGUUGGAGCUGUGAAAAGCAAGGGAAAGAAAAAGGAAUUGUCGCCACAAGAUGCAGCAAUUAUGAUCCAAAUGAGCUUCAGAGCUUAUCUGAUACGUAGAUCUCAGGCUCUUCGUGCCCUUCGAGAGCUGGCAGUUGCUAAGGCCAAGUUGAAGGAGAUCAGAGUAUUGUUUAACAACUAUCGCCGUCGUGUAACUGAUGAUGCAGAGGAGCGCCAGAGGAUCUCUGAGAAGAUCAUUGUCCUGCUCAUACAUGUAGAUGAUAUUGAGGGAGCUGAUCUCAUGGUGCGAGCUGCAAAGAGGUCAAUAGUGGACGAGCUGGAAGCAAUGCUUGAGGUGGUGGACCCUCUGCCUCCUGGGAGGACUCUUUCAAUGAGGAGGAGGAUGUUUGAUAUGCCCAGUCGUGUCAUUCAGAAGGAACUUGCUGAAGGUGUGGCACAGGUUGUCCAAAUGCUAGAUCAAGAAGAGAAUGGUGCUGCCUUCGAGGCAUGCUUGUAAGAAAAUGGUAAACAUGACACAGUCUACCUCUUUCUGGGAUUCUCUUUGUUGUCUGCAUGUUGUUAUAGAGGAAAAUGUAGGUCUAGUCAUCAAUGCGGAAGAUGUAGAAGACUAACUUGUUUCUCUCUUGGAGGGAAAUUUUGUUCCAUCUCUCCUAUUCAUCCAUCCGCUGUUAGGAUUUUAGGAGAGUUGUUGACUGUGCUAUUACUUUUGUGCCUGUAGUGUUUGAAACAGAGCUGUGUACUUUGUGAACCUCCUGGUGCAGUUAAACUGGUUUUGGGUUUUAUUCUUGGUCCUGGUUGACCUGAAUCAAUCUGAUUAGUAGUUAAUCCUAAA